CUUUGUCCUGAUCCCACACCAUCCGGCCAUCGACGUUGACGGAUGAUAUGGCUGAAUUACAUGCUCCUCAAUCAACGCUGUAGGGCACUGGACCUGCAGCAGGAUUGUCAUUGACAUUGAGCUAACAACAGCCGAAUUUCACCAUUCAGUGCUGACUUGAUUCAUGAUUGCUAGGAGCUUUUGCAAAUACCUUUACACCUGGCUAACCCUGACCAUUGUUCGAAGUCAACGCGUCGACACAUGCUCCCUCCACGUUGAAAGGUUGGUAAUCGACCUCAUCGCCAUCGCAAACGCGUGCACGUCUCGUGUUUUCAGCAUGUUUGUGCAUUCGCCGAGGUGGUAUAUCAGCAACCGCAGCCAGCUGUGCAGACGACCAAUAUCUCAGCCAAAUGAUGUCCCAAGCCGCCCUCACCGCGUCGCGUCCUGCUUCUCCCGACGCUUACUCCCUCCGUGCACCUUUCGACGACUGCAGUGCAGACUUUGUCAUCCAGACGACAGAUGGCGUGAGGUUUGGUGUGCACAAAUUCGUUCUAUCACUUGCCUCGCUCCUCCUUAGGCGCACCUUCUCCGCAUCUCCACUUUCAUUCACGGAGUGCGAUCCGAGCAUCGUGGUCAAGCAGGCAGAAGACGAAGGUCGAGACACCGUUCUCAUCUCGGAAGAGAGCCGGAUCGUCGAGAUCGUCCUACGCUUUAUUUAUCCAUACGCUAGCCCAUGCGUCGAGAAGGUCGAGGACAUCCAGUCCGCCUUAGCCAUGAUGGACAAGCUCGGAAUGAAGGACAUGAUGAAUCGCCUUCGCCCUGCCCUUGUGCAACCAUCCAUCCUUGAAGCAGAGCCACUGCGCAUAUUCUGCAUCGCACAUCGAUAUGGCUUCCAGGACGAAGCCAAACGCGCCGCCUACGAAACUCUCCGCCACCCGAUCUUCCUUCCCUUCGUCCCCGAGCUCGCACACAUCUCCGCUUCAGCAUACCACCAGCUGCUCGCGUACCACCGUAACGCCGGGCUCGCCGCGGCAGCGCUGACGUCCGACUUCUCCUGGUUCCCGACCAUCGCGCCGCGCUGGGUCUGGUUCCAGUGCGACGACUGCGCGCACCACUCGCUGUCGUGGCCGCUCUCGGACGGGAAGCUCUACGAGGUGAACGCGUGGUUCAUCGACUUUAUGGAGCGUGCCCGCGAGGCACUGCGCGAGCGGCCAUGCGCCCAGGUCCUCGAGGACCCCGUAUUGCUCAGCGAGGCACUGGCCAACGCUGCUGCGUGCGAUAUGUGUAGGUCCGCCGUGUUUUUGGACUUGAACGUCUUCAUCAAGGAGUAUUUCGUGCCCGAGGUGGAGAGGGCGACCAAAGCAGUGGAGAUAGAUCUCAAACUUUAGAGACGCUUACUAACAACAUUGUAGCAUAACACAAAGCAUGACGGGCAUUGGCUCUAUAUACAUGUAUCAUAAACCGUAACCAUCAGCAUACACAGACACUGGGAGUUGGAUUUUCAUAGCCAGAAUUUGUGUAGUCCAUUGUAUGCAAUCAUUAAAAUAAG